UCAAUUCUCAUUCUGCAGAUGACUCCAGGAGAGAUAGCUCUUGCCAGUGGCAACUUUACCCCAGUAACUCAGUUUAUUUUGUUGGGCUUCUCUGAGUACCAAGAUCUACAGAUGCUGUUUUUCUUGAUCUUCCUGCUGAUCUAUGCUAUGACGGUGCUGGGCAACGUUGGCAUGAUGACCCUGAUCUACAUCGACGCCCGACUUCAUAGUCCCAUGUACUUCUUCCUCAGUGUCCUCUCGUUCCUGGACAUCUGCUACUCCUCUGUAGUCACACCCAAACUCUUGGUCAACUUUUUAGCCAAUGACAAAUCCAUCUCAUUCACUGGGUGUGUGGUCCAGCUGACCUUCUUUGUGAUACACGUGACAACUGAGAGCUUCCUUCUGGCUGCCAUGGCCUAUGACCGUUUCAUGGCCAUCUGCCAGCCCCUCCAUUAUUCUUCUGUCAUGACCAAAGUGACCUGCCUCCAGCUGGUGGCUGCCUCUUAUGGGUUUGGUGGAAUCAACUCCAUCAUUCAGACCGGGAAUGUCUUUGUCUUACCUUUUUGUGGACCCAAUGAAAUCACCCACUACUUCUGUGACAUCCCACCACUCCUUCGCCUGGUAUGUGCUGACACUGCCACAGCAGGCAACAUCCUCUACAUUUUCUCUGCCUUGGUUACCCUUCUGCCUGCUGCGGUCAUUUUCAUCUCCUAUGGGCUGGUCCUGGUGGCCAUCGGACGCAUGCGCUCAUCAUCUGGAAGGGAAAAGGCACUCUCUACUUGCGCCUCCCACUUCCUGGCCAUUGCCAUUUUCUAUGGCACUGUGGUCUUCACGUAUGUCCAGCCCCAUGGGCGUGAAGGUGGCAAGGAUGGUCAGAUAGUCUCAGUCUUUUACACCAUCAUCAUCCCCAUGCUUAACCCUUUCAUUUACAGCCUCCGAAAUAAGGAGGUAAAGGAUGCCUUUCGUAGGAGGCUCCAGGCCAACGUCUUCCCCCGCUGAGGUAUGUUAGGUUGUAGAAGGAAUACAUGAAGUGUGGUUCCCUCCAAGGUCCAUCACUGUUUCACCCCAGUCCUCAAACACAACUAACGGGAUGAAUGGUAGAAGAAGGAAUAGAUGAGAAAGGAUGUUGGGUAGAAACUCUAUCUGCCCAGACAGGACUAUAAAUAAGGAACAAUAAUUACUGAGAUGCCAACUGUCAAACAGCCUACUUCUCUCCUUUCAAUCCUCCUAGACCCAUCUGUGACUAGGAUAGAGAAUCCCCCCUAAUGGAGUAGAUGGCAAGAAGGUACACAUAGAAAAGGAAAUUGGGUAGAAACUACCUGAUCAGAAGGAAUUGUCACAGUGAACAGCAAUGGCUGAGAUGCCAACUGAGGACAGGCUGGACAAAUGCCCCACUUUCCUCCUUUCAACCUUCCUCAGUCCAUCAGCAUAGAAGAUCACUGACUAAACUCAAUUUGAUAGGGUUCCAUUAUAGUCCUUUGUAUUUGAUUUUAUGCAUUUAAAAAUAUUCUGAGACGGGGUGCACAGGCUGCCAGACUGACUGCCAGAAGGGGUUCAUGAUCGUACAAACAGAUUAAGCACCCUUGUCCUUGAGCAUAGUACAAUGUCUAGGAUAGAGCUAGCACUCAGACACAAUAAAUUCUUGUUGAAUGAAUGAAAGCUAUUCAAACUCAAAGUAUCCUUUAGGGAGUGGCAACAAAAACUGAGGACAAAGGACUUCUCCCAUCAUCCCUGGGAAAUCCGGAGGCAUCAGAGAUUUAAAAUUGGAAGGAACCAUAGAAAUGAGAGAGUCCAACUUUUUUAUUUUAUAGAUUUGUAAAUUAAGGUCCAGAGUAAAGUGGCAAAGGUAGGAAAUAUCAGAGUUCAGACUGAAAUCCAAAUCCUUAGGCACCACCACGGUUCUGUUUUGUUGGAAAUUGCUUUGAAUUGCUCCGAUUAUAAAACUUUAACAUGACAUAAAAUUAAAAACAAACACAUUUCUCUGUGCACAGGCUAGUGACUUUAGCUGCCCUUAUUCUGAACUCUGAUUCAAGGCCAGAGAGAGAAUAGCUUUUCUCUUUAAAAGUCCUUACCUGGGGGGAACGAGGUAGCUCAGUGAAUUGGGAGUCAGGCCUAGAGUCUGGAGGUCCCGGGUUCCAAUCUGGCCUUAGACACUUCCUAGCUGAGUGACCCAGGACAAGUCACUCAACCCCCAUGACCUAGUCCUCAUCUUUCUUCUGCCUUGGAACCAAUAUACAAUAUUGAUUCUAAGAUUAAAGGUGAGGAUCUAAAAAAAAUA